CCCGCUUCGCAGGGCCGGGCGUUGCCAUGGUGACAGGGAAGCGCGGCGCGGCCUGCUGCGGCCUAGGGCCCAGGGGGCAAGGGGCAGGCCCGGCCCCAUGGCCGCCGAGGUGGUGGUGGUGGGAUCCUGCGUCACCGACCUGGUCAGCCUUACCACGCGAUUGCCAAGAGCUGGAGAAACUGUCCUUGGACAGAAGUUUUUCAUUGGUUUUGGUGGGAAAGGAGCCAAUCAAUGCGUCCAGUCUGCUCGACUCGGGGCCAAGACCUCACUGAUCUGCAAGGUUGGGAAGGAUUCCUUUGGCAAUGAUUAUGUUGCAAAUUUGAAGAAGAAUGGUGUUUCUACAGCAUUUGUAGGUCAGACUACAGAAGCUGCUACUGGAACUGCUUCAAUAAUUGUCAACAACGAAGGGCAGAAUGUUAUUGUCAUAGUCCCAGGAGCCAAUCUGCUUUUAAGUUCUGAAGACCUGAAGAGAGCUUCUGAUGUCAUCUGUAAAGCCAAAGUGGUUGUCUGCCAGCUAGAAAUAUCCCCUGCUGUUUCUCUUGAAGCACUGAAAAUGGCACAUGCCAGUGGAGUAAAGACUUUAUUUAAUCCAGCUCCAGCCCUUGCUGACCUAGAUCCACAAUUCUAUACUCAUUCUGACGUCUUCUGCUGCAAUGAAACUGAGGCAGAAAUUUUAACGGGCAUCCCAGUUGGCAACCUUGAAGAUGCUGGAAAGGUGGGACGCAUGCUGUUAGAAAGAGGGUGUAAGCUUGUAAUUGUUACUCUUGGAGCAGAAGGCUGCAUGAUGAUAUCAGUAGAAGAACCCAUUCCAAAGCACGUUCCUGCUGGGAAGGUCAGAGCUGUGGACACUACGGGAGCUGGAGACAGUUUUGUGGGAGCACUCGCCUUCUACCUGGCUUACUAUCCCAAGCUACCCAUGGAGGAAGUGGUCAGGAAGUGUAACUGUGUUGCCUCAGUGAGCGUCCAGGCAUCAGGGACACAAUCUUCGUAUCCUUACAGGAAAGACUUGCCUCAGGACCUUUUCUAAUUGAUAUUGUCUAGCUGAAUGUACUGAUUUUAUCUUAUCCCAGACUGCAUUAUUCUCCCGACUGCACAGACGUUCCCCUCCACUGACUGGAAAGAGCAGGAAAGUCUCUUUGCUUCUUAUUUGAGGAGUCCUGGUUAGUUCCUGUCCUACGGCUGUAAAGAUGGGGCAGGCCGGUUAUCU